UUUCACUCUCCGUAAGUUCCCCUCUCCCUCUCUCUCUCUACAUAUAAAUACAUAUAUAAUAUAUGUAUAUAUCAUGUGUUUGUACAUAUUAUUAAGCUAACAUUUCAGAACGCGUUUUGUUUCCUUUCUAUCAAGUGAAGAAGGUGGUCCUCUUUGCGCGUGUCCCGUUCUCUUCUCCAUUCCAUAUGGUAUAAAGGUUCAAUUGAUCAAGAUUCAAGAGUACCUCUGUUUAUAGUCUGUAAUGGAGGUUAAGCUUUGGAAUGACAAACGCGAAAGAGAGAUGUAUGACAAUUUUGCUGAGCUUUUCGCCAUCAUAAAAGCUACCGAGAAGCUUGAAAAGGCAUACGUUCGUGAUAUUGUCUCGGCUGUGGAAUAUGAGGCUGAAUGCCAAAAACUGAUUGCCCACUUCAAAACCCUAGCUUCCACGCUCAAAGACACUGUUCCGGACAUUGAGCGCUUUCAUGACACCUACAAAAUGAAUUGCCAGGCGGCCCUAAAUCGCCUUGUGACUUCGGGUGUGCCAGCUACAAUUGAGCACAGGGCAGCGGCCACAAUGUCAACCACUACUUCUGCGGCCACUGUGGCUGAAUGUGUGCAGAACUUUAUUACGUCUAUGGACUCGUUGAAGCUGAACAUGGUUGCUGUUGAUCAGGUCCACCCGCUGCUUUCGGACCUGUUGACUUCGCUGAACAAGCUUACCAUUUUGCCACCUGAUUUUGAGGGGAAGACAAAGAUGAAGGAAUGGAUUGCAAGGCUGUCGAAGAUGGGAGCAGCAGAUGAGUUGACCGAACAGCAGGCUCGGCAGCUCCACUUUGACCUCGAGUCAUCUUAUAACUCUUUCAUGGCGGCAUUGCCCACUGCAGGGACUUAACUAGUGGUAAGCUUGUAAAUAAGGGAACAAAUUGUUGUUUUGUGUAGGUGGCUCUUAUAUAUAGUGUCUUGUGAUUCCUACAGUCUGUAGAUCCUUAGUGAUUACAUGGAAGGCAUUAUCAAUGGUUUGUAAUAUUUCAUAAUGCUUCAGGAAUGGCUGCUUGUUGAUUUUUAAUAUAUCUUUUACUGACUAGGAAAGAUAUUGUUUUCAUAUUAUAUCACGAAAAUGGCUUCUUGAUUUUUA